UCUGAUCGAUUACAAACCAACAGCCAAAGCCGGCUGCUGUUUCCAUCUAAAUGCCGGCUCUCUUUCUCUCUCUGAAAUUGCAGACGAAAAGUGAUGUGAAGUGUUAACAAAGGAGGAUUCUCGAAAUCGCGAGAUUGAUAGUGUCUAUGACUCUAUGUUUCUUUGUCCUUCGCGGAACAAGAACCUGUGACUAGGUCAAGUACAGAGUAGAGUUCUUCAAAAAUAUUUUCUCGGGGACGUUGAGGUGAAGAUGAAUGCUCUCUUCUUCUCUCUCGACUGAUGUUUGCAAUGGAGCAGAAGGACAUAGUUAGAUUAUUGACGACCAGAAUCGGAAGUUUCAUCCAAGAUCGGUUAAUUGAUAGGGAACAAAGAACUCAACAAAAAGAACAAUGUGCGGAGAGAUUGGCAGCUGAAGAUGGAAGCUCUGACAAGGUCACAGAAGUCCGAUACUCUGAUCAAGCAGUAUUGGCAAAUCUGGACUGGGGGAUUGAGGCCCUUGAAGAAGCAAUCAACACAUCCAAUACGGAAACCAAGCUUGCACGACUGGAUUAUGCCGAGAAGAUGCUGCAAGUAUGUGCAAUGUUGAAUGCAAGCCAGGAAACGGCUGGAGUUCCCAACUUCUAUCUUUCUGCUUGGGCUCAUCUCAAUCUUUCAUAUCUGUGGAAAUUGCGGAACAAUCUCCAGAAUGCAGUUCUUCAUGUCCUCGAGAUGUUUACAGUUGAUCCUUUUUUCUCCCGAAUUGAUUUUGCUCCUGAGCUAUGGAAAAUUCUGUUUCUUCCACACAUGACUUCAAUUGUUGGGUGGUAUGCAGAGGAGAGACACAGGCUUCUCAUGGAUGUGAUUCCUGAUUCUUCUGAUUUGUCCUUCACUAUGGAUUUCGAUCAGUACUUCAAUGAAUCUUUGAUAUUUUCUAUGCGGCCAGAUCAGGCAGAGAAAGUGAAGAAACUGGAGCAGCUUUAUGGCCAAUCGCUGGAUGAGAAUACAAGGCUUUUCGCAAAAUAUUUUAAGGACUGCCUGAACAUGGAUUCUACCACGAAGAGGAAGGUUAUUCCAAUGGUGCCAAUUGUAGAGCCACCUAUGACUCCUUUGCGUGAGGUGAACUGGUCAAUUCCUGAUUAUGUAAAAUUCGGUCCCAUCCUUCCUAAAAGUGCUGGGUUUUCUCCAAUUCUCAGAUCUAGAGAAAAUGCCAGAGAAGCUUCCAGAUUGAAUAUAGCCUCCUCCCCGGAGAAACUGGAAGAGUCUCCUACAUGGGAUCUGCAAGAGGGCAUUCCUGAGGAAGAUGAAGAUGAAAUUGAAGAUGAAGAUGUUCCUGACAAUGAACCUGAUGCACAUGCACACAGAGAUUCCCAAAAUGAAGCUCCUAAACUAUUAUCUCUUAGAAGCUUUAGAUUGAACAACUAUGAGGAACAUGUGCCAAACUUGCAGGCAAGAAAAAUGAAUGAUCAAAUGCAUUCUCCUAAAAUAGCAUCCCCUAUGGAUACCCCUAAAACUUCUUCCUCAAAGCUUUCAUCUCCAAAACCAGACAUGCAUUGCAAAAGGGAAUCCAGUUCUGAGUUGAGCCUGCUCCCCAGCUAUGUUGUUGACCACACUAUUUCAUCUUCUCUGCCUGUGUCUCCAAGUCUGUGCAACAAUUCCAGUGGUAGCUCAGUUGAUUUGGAUGGGGAAAUAACGGAACUGCAUAAAAGGAGCAGAAAAAAUGUUGGUCAUGCACGGAACAGGAGUUACGGAUAUAUGAAAAGCCAAGUCUUAGCAAUCAGCUCUCUCAAUGAAAGCGAUGAAGGAAAUCAGAGUUCCAUUUCCCUGCCAUUGUCUGAGAAGUUGACUCCUCUGAUAAGACCACCAAAAGACUUUGUCUGCCCCAUCACCAGCCAGAUUUUCUGUGACCCAGUUACUCUUGAAACAGGCCAGACAUACGAAAGAAAAGCAAUUCAAGAAUGGAUGAAAAGAGGAAAUACGACAUGCCCCAUCACCCGGCAGCCUAUCUGUGCAAAUACUCUGCCAAAAACAAACUAUGUUUUAAAGAGGUUAAUCACCUCCUGGAAAGAACAAGAUCCUGACCUUGCCCAGGAACAUUCAUAUGCUGAAACACCAAGAAGUUCCCUUAGCACACCCUCUUCAAAAGAAUUUCUCUCAGAAUCUCCAUGUAGGGUAUUUGGUCCUUCCAAUCAUAGGAGCAGGAAUGAAAACAUUAACAAUAGGACUAGCAGAUUCGUGCGAACUUCAGUGUCAACAUCACCAACCAGUGUUAUAUCUCAAGCUGCACUUGAAACAAUAAUCAAUGGGUUAAAACCGUACAUUACUUGUCUCUGUACUUCAGAAGACUUGCAAGAAUGUGAAGCAGCUGUGUUAAAGAUUGCCAAGGUAUGGAAGGACUCAAAAGCUGAUCCGGGUCUUCAUUCUUAUUUAUCUAAACCAACAAUAGUAAAUGGGUUUAUGGAGUUACUGACAGCUUCCAUGGACAGAGAUGUUCUUAGAACUUCAGUUUAUAUCCUCUCUGGACUGAUAUUUUCAGAUGAUAGGGUUGGUGAAAUUCUUACCAGUGUAGAUUCGGAUUUCGAUUGCCUGGCUGCUCUGCUGAAAAAUGGUUUAGCUGAGGCUGCUGUCCUUAUAUACCUGUUGAAGCCAGCCUUCUCUCAGCUUUCAGCUCAUGAUCUUAUACCCUCGUUUGUCCAUCUUAUUCAGGCCAGAAAUGAAGAGCUAGAUGAUAUUCUCUUAGUGAUGGAGCCCGAGGAUGCUGCUAUUGAAAUGCUUGAGCAGUUGUUGAUGGGCGGGGAUGAAAAGAGCAGGUGUCUAAAUGCUAUUAGUUUUAUAUCUGCAAACGGGAUUCCAGCCCUAAUGAAGUGCCUGGAUCGGGUUGAAGCAAGGCAACCUAUUGUAUCCAUUUUAUUGGGCUGUAUUCAUGCUGAUAGUGGUUGCAAGACCUUGAUUGCAAGCAGAAUUGAGUUUUCUCCUGUUCUUGAAUUAUUUUAUGCUGGAAGUGAUAGUGUUAAAGGCAUUUGUAUAGAUUUCCUCUCCGAAUUAGUUCAGUCAAACAGGAGAACAUUUUGCAACCAGAUUUUGAAGAUCAUUAAGGAUGAAGGAGCAUUUAGUACUAUGCACACCCUGCUUGUCUAUCUACAGAUGGCUCCCAUGGAGCAGCAACCUGCUGUUGCUACUCUUCUUCUUCAGCUUGAUCUCCUGGUUGAGCCUCGAAAGAUGAGCAUGUACAGAGAAGAAGCAAUAGAAGCACUAACAGAAGCACUUUGCAAAAAGGACUUUACCAAUUCUCAAAUUAUGGCUCUUGAUUCCCUAUUAUGUCUCUCUGGACAUCAUAGUCCAUCGGGCAAGCCCUGCACUGAAGCAUGGCUACUAAAAAUUGCAGGAUUUGAUCAACAAUAUAAUGCUUUGAUGAAGACAGAUAGAUUUAGAACACACGAACUUGAAUUAACAGAGCCACCUGAAGAGGAAGAUAAAGCUGCAAGUUCUUGGGAGAAAAGCGUAGCUUUUGUGCUUUGCAACCAUGAAAAGGGUGUUAUUUUUAAGGCUUUGGAAGAAUGUUUCAAGAGUAAUUCCAUAGAGGUGGCAAAAUCUUGCCUUAUUGUUGCUACAUGGCUCACACACAUGCUUUACAGUCUUCCUGAUACCGGUAUAAGAGAUGUUGCUUGGAAGUCAUUGCUUGACCAGUUCAUAAAUGUGCUGCAAUCAUCAAAAAACCUAGAUGAGAAGAUACUUGCUAGCAUUUCUUUGAAAAACUUCAUUACUGAUCCAGGUGCAUUAAAUCAACUUGGAGCAUAUGCCACAUGUGUGUACAAAACCUUGAGAAAGCUAAAGAAAAGUUCCAAGAUGGUCAAUGAUAUACUGAAAGCAUUGCUAAACCUGCCUUCUCUCAAUGCGACAGAGCUGUGGUACUGUGCUGAAGCUGGGGAAUUAGAUUCAGGCACUAAUGGCGAGGUUCUGUCUCUGCUUCAUCUAAAGGGCUGUCUGAUUAGCGGCCAUUCUGAUGGAACUAUAAAGGUGUGGAAUGCUGGUAAGAGGGUUCCGCGGUUGAUUCAGGAAGUUCGUGAACACACGAAAGCUGUCACAUGCCUUUACGCUCCAGCUUCACUUGACAAACUGUAUAGUGGUUCCUUAGACAAAACAAUUAGGGUGUGGGCAAUCAAACACGAAGAAAUUCACUGCCUUCAGGUUCACGAUGUGAAAGAGCCAGUCCAUGAGUUGACAGCAAGUACCAACAUUGCAUGCUUCUCCUCCCAAGGAACGGGAGUUAAAAUCUAUAAUUGGACUGGUGUUCCAAAGCAUAUAAACUUCAACAAAUCUGUCAAGUGUCUUGCAAUGACUGACAGCAAGCUCUACUGUGGUUGCACCGGUUACAGUAUCCAGGAAGUCGAUCUUUGCAAAUACGUGUCUAGUACAUUCUAUACUGGUACGAGAAAAUUAUUAGGGAAGCAAACCAUACAUUCUCUGCAUAUUCACAGUGGUCUUCUCCUUGCCGGGGGUUCUUCAGUUGAUGGCACAGCAGGGAAGGUUUUCUCUCUAUCCUCCAAGGCUGUGAUAGGCUCGUUCACAACUGGAUUUGACAUUCACCAGAUAGCCGCAAGUAAUGACCUCAUAUUUACAUCCACAAAAUGUGGGAUCACUGAGGUCUGGUUGAAGGAAAGAAUCAGCAAAUUUUCUUCCAUCAAAAUGGGCGGUGGAGGAAAUGCGAAGAUCACAUCCUUGACAACAGAUGCAGAUGGAGACAUGCUUUUCGCGGGUUCAUCCGAGGGCAAGAUACGGGCAUGGAGUUUGGACUGAGUGAGACUCGUAUCGUGAAGAUGAGUAUGAUAUACCCUUCUAAGUAUUCCCAUGUACAAAUGUUUUCUCUGUUCGUUUUUUGAUCUAGCCUGACUAGUCCAAUAAUUUGUUGAUACACGUCACUCGCGUGCCUUCAUUUUUACUGAUCUGUAUUAACAUUUUAACACCCCAAAAUUAAAUAAUUGCUUAAUCUUCAUUCCCCAUUAACAUGAAAAAGGCCGGGU